ACUUUUUAGUUUGAUACUAAGUAUUAAACGUAUUUCUUUAUUCUUCCACAUAUUUUCUGCGGUUAUUUAACUCAGUAUGGGAGCUGGAGGAAGAGAUUUCCGAACUCUGCGCCUAGCGCAGAGCACUGCUAUAACUUCGAAGGGAUCGGGUUUUCCGGCUCCCGCGGCCUGAGUGGUGUGGCAGGGAAAAAUGUGCCAGGAUCGGCCUUGGGGAUCUUUGAAUCUCUUUACUGCCUGGCGGGUCGGCAGCUCCGAGGGGUGGGGUUGCAGAGGUUUUGCGUUCUCAGGCUAGGCAUUGGCAUUGCACCCCUCCCUCCCCGUGGCAACGAGGGUGGCUGAAGGGCUCAACUUGUCGGCGGGGCAGCGAGAACUCGGUGCGCGCGCCAGAGAGGUAGCAGCCGUUGGGACGUGACGCUGGUUCCCAGGGGAAAGCCAGCCGCUGCUGCGGCACUGGUUCAGACGGCCAGGCCCUUGGGACCCACCAUGAAUCCUGAAGAUACCAAAUCUGAGUCGUCCAAGGCACCUUCAGGGAGCUCGAAACAACCAGAGACUGCCACAGACCUGGCAAGUGGCGGCAAUGUCGUGAGUUCUGUACCUAAGGAACAGCGCGACAAGUCAGCGAAGACCGCACCCCGGAAGCACUCUGCCGUCUCAGUUCGCACAGUGCAGUCCGUAGCCCCCGCACGUCCCAAAGGCAGCGAGGGCACUGCACCCUCAAGGAAAGCCACCGAACGCCCACCCCCAACGCCCUCUGCACCCACUGAGUCCAAACUCUUAAAUGAGACAGCGAUCAAAGAGCGUGCGGAGGGCCGAGCCAAAGUCCCGUACAAAUUCAGGGACAGCCUCAAGCGUUUUUUCUUCUCGCCCACUGGAAUGUUGAAGAUCCUGAGAAUGAGUCUGAUCAUAGGAGCAUUAGCUUGUUUCAUCAUCGCCCAAGCCAAUGAGUCAUUUAUAGCAAUCACAAUUCUGGAAAUCUGCAUCGUCAUUUUUUUUAUGCUAAUAUAUAUGCUAACCCUUCACCACUUGCUGACCUAUUUACAUUGGCCCUUACUUGAUCUUACCAACAGUAUCAUUACAGCUGCGUUCCUCUCAGUCACUGCCUUCUUGGCCAUGCAAGAAAAGAAAAGAAGACAUUUAUUCUAUGUUGGAGGGUCCCUGUGUCUCACAGCGGUAAUCGUGUGUGGCAUCGAUGCGUUUGUGGUCACCAAGACGAUGAGGACUAACUUGAAAAAAUUCCUGGGAGUCGAAGUCGAAAGCACGGUUUCCCCUGCCGGGAGGACUAACUUGAAAAAAUUCCUGGGAGUCGAAGUCGAAAGCACGGUUUCCCCUGCCGGGGAUGCCUACCCUGAAACCGGCCCCGACGCCCCGCAGAGGCCCGCCUGACGCCAGCCCCGCGCCCUCUCAGAUGCAAGUGUCUGUCGAAUCGCUACCUCUGAGCCCACCCCCGAGCUCGCAUACUGUCACCCAUUCCGGCCUAAAUGUGACCAUAAAAUCAGGGCUGCUGCUUUUAUCGAGAACGCCUGCUUCCUCUCGUUGCCUUGUGAAAGUCGCGUUGUAUUUUUCUGCCCAUGGCGCUGCGCCCGCGGAGCUCAGGGCUGUGACCCGGUGCUCGC